AUUAUCCGUCAAAUUUUCCUACUUUCACUUUGGAUGUUAAAAUGGCCGAUCAACUAGAGAAAUACAGAGACGUUUUAUUGGAAAUAUCACAUUGUAUCGACGAAAAUGACUUGUCGAAGAUGAAAUUCGUUAGUCUUGAUAAAAUAAAAAAGAAACAAAGUGAAAAGAUUUUAAACCCUCUUCAGUUUUUCACAGCAUUAGAGGAAAGAGGAUUUUUGGGUCAAAAUAACCUAAGCUAUUUGAAGAACUUGUUACAGAAAUGUUGUGCUGGGAAAGUGAACGGCCUCAGAAUAUUAGAACUGUAUGAGCAGGGAUUAAUACAAGGUAUCCCGCUGUACGAUACACCCCAAGGUGCGACCUUCAACCUUCCCGGACCGGGGGUGCCGAACGGGGGCCAUCCAGGGCAGUCACAAGUGAUCUAUGUUGUACAUGAGCCAGGAAGAGUGCCAGACGGGAACUUAAAUGGGAGACAAGAGAGACAAAUAUAUAACGGACCAGACUUAAGUGAAGAAACGGAUUUUCUGACAAACAACCUUGGACGAGACUGGAAAUUUUACAUGCGGGCUCUCGGUAUCCAUGAUAACGACAUAGACUCCGUGUCUCAUGACUACACCUCCAUGAGGGAGAGGAUCCGGCAGUGUUUGUUGCUAUGGCAGCAAGAACAACAGCAGAACGCCAACAGAAUUAAGCUUAUAAACGCUUGUAAACAUUCCUCUGUCAGGCGAAUGGACUUGGCGUGCAAGAUAGAAGAUGGUUCUUUCAGAAAUGAACGAUGAGUAGUUGUUCUCCUAUUCAUAUUUGCAUUACUUUAAGAAUAACUCAAUGUUUGUUUUUUAUUCAUUUACGGACGGGUAAUUUUAAUGCAUCAGCUCAACAUAACAAAUAUAUGGAAACACAAGAUACGUGGAGAACAUUUCCUUGUUUCAUUUUGCAUAAGUUAUGACCUCUUUUGUUAUCUGGAGUGGAGGUCAGUGAAGUGACUAUAUGAUUCUUAUAAUUAAGUAUGCCGAAAGUUUCCUUGUACCGAAUGAUUCCCAUAUUGUAUAUAUAUCAAUUUACGUAGAAUUUAACAUUCUCGGUAAUAUUUAUCGUUGUACAUACUUGUUACGUUUAACUCUGUACAUAUUUUGCUUGCUUAGUUGACAUGCAUACACUCAUUAAAACGUUUACUUUGUUUAGACAAUUUCAUUUCGAUAAAUCAUUAGCUUUAAUGGGCGGACAAAUAAAAGUACAUUCCCUUCCCUUAUUAUUCAGUUUUCCAAAUAUUGACAAUAGAAAUAAACACUGAUAGAUUG